AUGGAUGAAUUACUGGCGAGACAUAGAAAAGAGGCCAAGGACCUGCAGAAUCGAAUUACUGGUAUGAAGAAACAGGCUACAAAGUCGACGAGGAAAGAAGUUAAUUCAAAGUGUCAGAAGCUCCAAGAUGAUCUAAAAAUACGUCAUGAACAGGAGAUCAAGGAACUGGAAGGAUUUGUGGAUGAAGCUCAAACUGAUGAAGUGACUCCCGAGAAAUUACUUGAACAACUUGAAAUCUCAGAGCCCCAACAAACUACGCAAGAGGUAACACCAACACCAAAGAAAGGGCGUCGUAAUAGACAGAAAGAGAAAUUGGCCAAAAGAGAGGCAGAAAUCGAGAGAAUGAAGGAGGAGGCAAGACUAGAAGCUUCAAAACAACCAGACUUGAAAAAAAUUGAACAAGAUGCAAUUGAUCAAUUAUGUGAAAUAAACCGCCUAAAGCCAUAUGAUAUCAUACCGGAUGGUCAUUGUCUAUUUGCCUCUAUAUUGGAUCAACUGAAGAUUCGUCAUGAUGACUCAAGCCACGACAUUUACAAGUUAAGAUCUCUCGCGUGCAACUACAUUCGUCAAAAUCAAGAUGACUUUGUACCCUACAUGUUCGAUGAGGAGACAAUGCAACUCAAGGAUGUAGUGGGUUACACUGAAGAAAUGGAAAAAACGGCAAAGUGGGGUGGUGAACUUGAGAUUCUGGCGCUUUCGAAACAAUUUGAUUGCCCGAUAAGCAUAAUGAUGAGUGGAAGACCCAAGCACGUUAUCAACGAAUCCGGGACAAAACCAGAGUUAAAAUUGGUUUAUUACAAACACACUUACGCCCUAGGUGAGCAUUACAAUUCAUUGCAUAGUAUAUAG